GAUGGCGGAUGAAAAUCGUGAAAAGAAGCUGGCCGCUGCUAGAAAAAAGCUACAAAGAUUCCAACAGAAAAAGACUCCUUCAAACUCUCCCAUUCCCACCAAGAACAGAAGAAUCGAUCCCUCAAACUCUACGCCGUCCACCCCUAAGACAAACAGCCAACCCAGAACCCAGUCAGCACCCACUCCACCCAGUGGUGGGUUACCCAGCCAAGAGGGCCGGAGGAACCCCUUUGCCUCUGACAACCCAUCUCAUAAUAGUAAUCAGCAAAAUGCUCAUACAAGAAAUUCAGAUCACCCAAGUCCUGUGAACAGACUCAAUAAUAGUUUUCAGCCAAACAGUCCAGCAUCUUUCAAGUCUGCUGAUGCAAGAUCUUUGUCUUCCACUGAGAGUUUACGGCAGCUGUCCAUGCAAGUCAAUGGGCUCGUCUCUGAGUCUGACUUCUUAAAUGGAGAUGGUAAUGAUUCAUCAGUUGAUGCCGGUAAUAGAUCAGGAUUUAACCAACUAGAGACAAGGAAUCAGGAGUUAGCAGCUAAUCUAGAUGAGCAUGUCCAGUCUAAUAAAGAACUUCACUUACACAAUGAGGAACUGAGAAGUCACUGUGAGAGAUUACAAGAUCAGCUCCAAAAGGAGCGAAGAGAAUCAGAUCAGCGAUUAUUCAAAGAGCAGAGCGCCCUCAAGGAGCAGUUACAGGUCCAUAUUCAGACCAUCGGAAUUCUCGUAUCGGAGAAGACUGACCUCCAGACCUCCGUGUCUCAAAGUCAACAGAGUCUCAAACAGAGAGCAGCGGAAGCAGACAAUUUAUCUAGUCGACUUCAAGCGUCACGACAAAGAGUCGCCGAGUUAGAGCGAUCUCUAGCUAGUGCAACGUCAUCAAGUCAACAAUUUAAAAAGACCAGUGCUGUGCUUGAUAAAGACAAGGAUGCCCUCAAGUUAGACGUUUAUAAGUUACAAAAAGCUAAUGAGGAAUUAACGCAGCGGAACUCGGAGACCAGCAGCCAACUCAAAACAAAGACCUCUGAGUACUCGCAGCUUCAACACUUUGCACAGGAUUUAAACGACCGUCUGAAUGCGGCCGAGCUCCGUGCCAAUCAGCUGUCCAAUCAGGGGACUCAACAGGAUACCCAUAAUGCCUUGCUAAAGACCCAGGAGGAGAAAGCUGAUCUUGAGAGUAAAUUAGCCCAGUAUAACGAAUCAUUCCACAAGCUGACUGCAGAGAGGGAGCAGCUCGCACAGCAGUUUCAACAACACACUGAGCAUUAUCAGAAACAGGCCCAGGAACUUGCCAUACAGAUUAUAUCCCAAUCACAAGAAAAGGAAACACUUCUUCAAAAUCUGGCCGAUCUUCGGCAAAAAAUCACAGCAAUGGAAAGUGCCAAAGCUGCAGAGUCAGAGCGAGGAGAUCUCGUCAACAAGGAAGAGGUUGAGAAACUCCAAGUGAGGAUUGAACAGCUUGAAGCGGAGAGGCAAACAAUACAUGGGCAAUAUCAACAACAGGUGAGUGACAACUCCCAGCUCAGCCGCCUCUACCAGGAGAAGGAGGACCGGAUCGAGGAGUUGGAACGUCAGCUGGCACGUCUUGAAGAGGACAGCACAGACAGAGGGAGACUCUUAGAGAGCAUCCAGGGAGAUAAGGCCACCAUCAGCCGAGCUCUAGCUCAGAAUAAGACGCUGAAACUACAGCUGGAGGAGCUGCAAGCUGCUUACGUCAAAAUGACCAAUGAUAAUAUGGAGAUGUUAUCAGGCCUAAAGUCGGAGCAGCACGUCAGCCAGGAGUUGGCAAACAGGCUGGGUCAGCAGGAGGACGAACUCAGAGAAGUCAGACAACAGUUACAUUCCAAGGAGAGUGAGUGUGAUGUGCUGAAGACCCAGAGUUAUACACUGAACAAGCAAUUAAUGCAGCAAGCAACCAUGGCAGACAGGGUACAACACUACGAAGCACAGAGUCAUGUACAUGAAACACUAAACAAAGACCUGACUGCUUCACAGAUGAGACUACGAGAUUUGGCAGAAGAGAACAGUCAGCUGAGGGUGAGAAUUGCCAACUUGGAGAGCUACCGGCCGGAGUCGACAACAGCCUCCGUAAACAUCACUACAGAGGAUGGUCAGGUAGUGGCUAGAGACGAUAUGGUGGACUCGUUGUCUGCCGCCAUUAGACAGCUUGAGAUGGAAAGGGACCAACUGACGACAUCAUUCCACGAGCAGCAAGCUCAACAUCACGUCCUCUUAGCUCAGAUGGAUGAUAUACGCAUGCAGCAGGGUCAAGAGCCAGCAGUUCUUCAAGAAGUCCAGUUUGUCUCCAAAGAGCACUUUGAGACAUUACAGACGGCGAUGGAUAUGCUGCAAGACCGCUUCGCUGCCGUCAUGAGAGAGAAGGCUGACCUUAGCGAGAGGUGUCAAGACCUAGAGCACAUCAACCUCCAGCUCUCUGGGGAAACAGAAACCAUAGGAGAGUACAUCAGUCUUUACCACAGUCAGCGAGAUAUGAUGAAGAGAAGACAAGAUGAGAGAGAACGCUUCGUUGCAACACUGGCCAAAGAUAAAGAUGAAAUGCAGCAAAAGUUGAACCAGCUUCAGAAUCUCAUGAUGCAACUCAUUCAAGAGAAGAAACCUCACCAGUUACCAUCCUACCUUGGCUCACCGUCCUUCCCUGGAGGGGCUAACCUUGUCAAUAACUCCCCUCGUUCACCGUUUGGUAAACACCCAAAUGGACAUCACAGCCAUAGAAAGCAACAGAAGCUUAGUGGCAGUGUGGACAGUACCAGUUUUGAAGAUGAGAGUGACGAUUGGCCGUCGAGUAGCAGCGAAGACAGCUGUGAGGAGGUGACAAUCGGUGAGCACUACCAAACCGCCAUGGACGACAACUCACCACAAAACAACACGGUGCCUGCCACGACGGACCACACGGCCCAUCAGAUCAUGGAGCUCUUGGAGCAAAUCGGAGGAUCCCACAUUAUUGAUCGGGGGACAAUUCUUGACCGGGACUUUGCACCGUGUAAAUGCUGUAGUGGAACUCUUGUGGAUGUUUGAUUCUGAUAUCCACACCAUUGAACUACAUGUGGAUGUCUGACAUUGAUUGGGAGAGCUUUCUCAACUUGGAGUCGCUGAAGUGGAAUGGCUGAUUUGUAAUACUUGUGAAUGUUAAGUUACAUCCACACAUCCAUACCUGUUAGCGUGUGAACUUUGUGUGGAUGUCUGACAUUGAUUGGGAAACCUUUCUCAAUGUGGAGUUCGCUGAAGUGGAAUAUGUGUGGAUGAUUUCAACCAUUGAUGGAUGUGUGAUGUAUCUGCAGACUCAAUUGAUGUGGCAUUUAUGAAAACAUGAUCUGAACGAUGUGUAGAUUUGUGGAUCAUUUAAACCAUUUGUGGAUUUUAAGACUCGAUUGAUGUGGUGGCAUUUUAUGAAAACAUCAUCUGACGCUUUGUGGAUCAUUUAAACCAUUGGUGGAUAUGUGAGGUUAUUGCUCUUGUAAACACAUCAACAUGGAGGUCAUAAUGUCACCACAUAAACAACGGAACAGAUCAGUCUCAGAUUUUUGUUCUUUGGCGAUAUUUCCGCUGAACUCUUUAUUUUUUUGCAAUCCUAUGAAACGGAUGUCUAGAAAAGUCUGACAUUGGUAGAGGCUUUUACUUGGUGUUGCGAUCUACUUAGACUAACAUGAUUUCAACCAACAAGAUCAUUUGAGAUGGAAAAGACUAUUAAAAUUCAUAGGAGUUAUCUUUUAGUCUUCAAUGUUAUCUCAAAUGACAACAGUCCAACUUUGUGGCUCUGUUUACUAGUUGCGAUAUAUUGACGCUAACGCUAGUAGACUUUUCCUGUCGCCAUUGUCACUAAAAACUGUGUCCUGCCUAAGUAGGCUUUAGCAGACUUACUCUUUGGAGGGAGCUGAGCUGAACGUUUGUCUCACAGGAUCCCCCCCCCCUGCAUUGGGCCAAAAGCAGCAAGUCAAGCCCUACUUACAUGCGGGUUCUUGCCCAAGAGUUUGUCUCUGGAGGCGACACAGAAGAAUUUUGUUCUUCUCCUGUAGCACAGUGCUUGGCAGGAUGUCCUUCCGCACAACUUGUGAGCUGUUGUUUCUUUCCACAGCGAGCAAGAUUUGUUUACAUGAAGUGCCUUAGGCGAAGAAGUCAACUGAAAUUUCUGUGUGAUCAACGUGCGUAUGUGUGUGUCAUAAGGAAGAGCACAAAGGGAAUUAUCUACGGGGGAUGAAUGUUAAAAA